AUGUCAAGAGAAAGAAGUCCCAACGAUAGAUAUAUUAAUAAAGUUUCCAAGAAAGACAUGUAUGCGAGAACAUAGAUAGGGCCUAUGAUGGGCUAGGUGAUUGGUGGAAUGAGAAGAAAUUAAUCUGCUCAGAUAAUUAAUCCUUAGACCAUAAGAAAUUAAAGGUACUCAGUUGAGAUCAGCAAAUCGCCUGAAAAAGCCAAGAAUUCAACAGCACUGCUAUUUAAACAAGUUAUUCCUUAAAAGCCAUCUGGCUUUACAACGCCUCAAAUAAAAUCAAGAAAACAAUCGAUUAGGCCAUAGAGUUCAAGGACUGCUCUUCCUGCCAAUAACUUCAAAUCCCCAAAUAUUUAACCUAAUGCUGAAGCUAUUAGUCUUAUAGCUGAGCAUCAUAAAUAAUCUAAAGCAAGAUCAAGGCCGUCAUCAGCUAUUCAAAAAAAUAAAUCAUAGCUUUUCCAAAAAACAUUAAACUUCAAAGAUUCUACUCCAUUAAUGUAAACUUAAGCCUCUAAAAACUUUUAAACUUUCUAACAAUCUCCAUAAACACAAAGCCACAAUAGACCAAUGUCUGCAUUAUCAUUAUUUGGAGGAUAGUCCUGA